CUUCUUCCGCACUCUAAACUACCACUCCAAUAGCUUUGCUCUGAUAUUUUUCUACCAGUUGCAUAGAGCAUUUUGUAUAAUAGCAAAUUUCUGCUAUACUAGGAUUAAGGAGAAAAGAAAAAUGGCUUCUCGCUUAUCUUUUACUUUCGUAGCUCUCACAAUACUGAUGAUAACCUUCUCAUGCAUCCCAUGCCAAGCACAGCUUUCUUCAACCUUCUAUGACAGGACGUGUCCUUCCGCACUAAGUACGAUAAAGGGUGCUGUUAGUGCAGCUGUGUCGCGUGAGCGGAGAAUGGCUGCUUCGCUCAUUCGCCUUCAUUUUCAUGAUUGCUUUGUUCAAGGUUGCGAUGGCUCAGUCUUGCUGGACGAUACGUCCUCAAUGACUGGCGAGAAAAAUUCACUCAACAAUGCCAAUUCUCUCAGAGGAUUUGAUGUCAUUGAAAAUGUUAAGUCUCAAGUAGAGAGUCGGUGCCCUGGAAUUGUUUCAUGUGCUGACAUCGUUGCAAUAGCUGCUCGCGAUGCAUCUGCUGCCGUUGCAGGACCAUCAUGGACAGUGAAGCUUGGAAGAAGAGACUCCCUCACUGCAAGCAGAGACCUAGCUGAUCAGAACCUUCCUCGCUUUACAAAUACUCUCAGCGAACUCACUUCCUUGUUCAGUAGCAAGAAUCUAAAUCAAAGAGAUUUGGUUGCCCUUUCAGGAUCACAUACAAUUGGCCAAGCAAGAUGUUUCAGCUUCCGUGCAAGAGUUAACAGCAAUGCAAGUGAUAUUGAUCCUGAGUUUGCUAGGACUAGAAGAGAUGAUCUUCCAUGCCCUGCUGACGGUUCUGGAAAUGCAAACCUUGCACCACUUGAUGUAACGACUCCCAAUACUUUUGAUAACAGCUACUUCAGGAAUCUGGUUAAUAAGAAGGGCCUUCUUCAAUCAGAUCAGGUGCUUUUCAGUGGUGGUUCUACAGACAGCAUUGUCAAUCAGUACAUCAGAGAUUCUUCCAUCUUCAGGUCCGAUUUUGCAGCUGCCAUGGUAAAGAUGGGAGAUUUAAGCCCUCUGACUGGUUCUCAAGGGGAAAUACGAAGGGUUUGCAAUGUUGUUAACUGAUUUGCCAAAGAAACAUUUAAGUGACAACAUGUAACUAUAUAGAUAUAUUAUCCUACAAUAAAUAGUGGGUGAAUAGCUUAAGCAAAAUUCAUUCCACUAAAGGCAUUCCUACAGCCUUGCUCAUGUAUUUUCAAAUUUCUGUUGAAGUGUGCUUAAGGGUUUUCUUUCUUUUCAUUUGAACUGAUAUAGUUAUUCUUUAAUGAAAAUUUUAUUGUGUUUGCUA